AUACAUUCACGUAAUGGCAAAUUCAUAAAGGAAAUGAAUAUAGACUUAGUUGAUAAGGAUACAAAUACACUUCAUUUACCAUUUUGUGAUCAUGACGACUCUGGAGAAUACACCUGUAUGCUGUCAACAGACUAUUCUCUGCUUCCAAGUUUAAACAGAUCUGUACAGUUGUUGGUCAAAGCUACUUUAGCAUUGGAAAGACGGACUUAUUGUGACACUUCAAAAAGUAUUGAGUUAAACUGUACUUUACAAUGGGUCGGCGCUAUUCCAGUCUCGUGGAUUCAUUCGAAUGCUGGUGAAACUAUUCGUUUACUCGAAGGCAAGCAUAUCAAGAACUCAAACAUUCUAACUAUACCCUUCUGCAAUAGCCAAGAUACCGGUGAUUACACUUGUAGAUGGAAAACAGAUAUUCUCGGCCAGACACUCAUGGAAACAUCUACAACAUUGUCUGUAAGCGGUCCACCCUUUUUCAUAUCACAAUUCACUACAGUCGAUGGUAGCGAUACAGUUUUUUCUGUGACGUUUUUCUCGAAACCAUAUCCGAAUGAUCCACAAUGGUACGUUAAUAAUGAACCAGUUGCAUUAGGAGCUAAAUUUCAACAAACAACAUCAUAUACUAUUGUACAAAUCAGACAACAUGGUGUUUUGGUAAACGAAGAAGGGUUCAUCAGUAACUUAACUGUACACAAAGCUGAGUAUGGACUGUAUAAAUGCGUGAUUAUUAACAGCUUUAGAGAGGUGACCCAUUUGUUUGAUAUUGAACAAGAACAUAAUACAUUCUCAAUCGGCACAACAGAAGCUACCACAUCAUCAGAAACUUCAGGAAACAGCGUGACUGUGAUAAUUGCAAUAAGCUCAUCAGUAUUAGGUGUAGUGAUAGUGGUCAUUUGCAUCAUUAUAUUUAUCAGAAGAAUCUCGCCGAAAACGUCAGACCUCACAGAAGUUCCGAAAGACAUUCCAAAUGAAGCUUACUAUGUAUCUAUAACUGGAACUAAUAUUACAACAAUAAAAAGAGGAGAUUUCAACAACAUGCCAAAAGUGGCUAGACUGUAUGUUGAUGAAUUUAAGUUUUAA